ACGCCACUGCGCGAAGUACGGAAUUGAAUGGUGCGGUCGUGCUAGGCCAUAUUUCAAAUAAUCGCUUCCGGCGCUGUUGGAAUGCGAAAGAAAGUCGAAAUCUCACAACCUGUGCAACUGACCGGUUCUCACGAUGAUGGCCAGCGUAGUCUAUUCGAUUGUGUACCUGGUGCUCUGCUUUUUUCUCAUCUUCCCCACGACGGAGAUCGAAUCGAUCGGAUUCACGGUGGACAACCUGUGCUCGCGCUACUAUGCCGACAACUUUCUGCAGCACAACAUGAAGCUAACGACACUGAAGAUGCUCAUCCAUUAUACGAUGCCACUAACUUACGUGGGUUACAUGACGCUAAUGAGUUGGUUCAAUCCGGAAGACUUCGAUCCGGAAAAGCCGGUUUGGACAAUAGUCGCCCGGGGUGGGGUGCUGGCCGGAUUCGCGUUUCUAGCGCUGUUAGAUGCCGGCAUCGCACUGUACUGGUCUUGGAACGAUUGGGACAAUCAUCCGGUAGCGACGCAGCUACGUCAGUUCACCACCGCCACAAUGCCCAACUGGCGCGCCGUGGCCACGAUCAUAAACGACGAGUACAGACGGGAUACAAAGAUGGUGGUACGGUUGAGUGCUAUUUCACGGCUGGUGGUGACCGAAAACUGGAUAAUCGAAGUUAGAAUGUACGGGAUGAAUGUAGCACAACAGAGUAACACGGUCAUGAUGGUGUACAAGGUUGAAACACAGGCCGUCAUCACGGACACGUUCGCGGACUCCCAAUACGUCAACAUUGCUGUGCAUCAGCUGCGGCCGCAGGAGAAAAAGUUCGAUAUUCGACUCAACGGAACACACUACAGGGACCUGCGCGAUCACGUCCGCUGCCCGGUCAUCGUACUGUCGUCGGUCAAAUUCCAAAGCCUUACCGACCGGUUCGUGGAUGUGUUCCGGCAGGAGGUUGCGCUCAACCCCACCGUUCCGAAUCCGGCGGCGCUGGAGGACACCUGCUUGGCUUGUCUGCAGGCGCAGCCGGACGUAAAGAUUGAGAAACACUGUCUCGAUGUUGACCGCGAGGGUCGGCUGCUGCCGGACUCGGAGCGCUGCGAACAGUGCCACUGUCGGCCGCACUGGUGCCUCAGCUGUCUUGCGAACUGGUUCGUGUCGACGCAGCAGCGAUCCGAGUGGGACACUUGGCUGAGCAAGAAGGCCACCUGUCCGAUGUGUCGGGCCAAAUUUUGUGUGCUGGACGUGUGUUAUUUGGAGAACGCAGUUCCACAGGAGCAAGAAUAAAU